UUCAUAGUUGAAUUUGAUAGAAGGCAGAAUGAGGCAGAAGCAUAAACGUCAAAUGUAGCAAAUUACCUUCGCAACAAAACAAAACAGAACACCCAGCGGGGCUUGAAAUGGAAUUUAUAGCAAAAGAAUUAGGUAUCCAUAGUAAAUGCAUAUUCCCGACUGCUUCGCCUGGAUUAUUUUCAGUGGUAGUGCAUACUAGUUGGCUGAAAAAAUGGAUAAAGAACGUGGAAGUUGAUGACUUUGUGAACAAUGUGGAUUUUACACUACAACCUGGUGAAAGUGUUCCUUAUCCGUGGAGAAAAAUAUUUAUAAGGAUACUAAAUAAAAAAGUGUCCAAGGUCCUGCCAUUGCCGCGAUACAAACUUAAUGAAAAUAAUGUGGAAACGCCACUCACGUUCUCACAACUUAUGCAGCAUGUCUCACAGAGUAACCAAAGGACAUUAUGGAAAGAAUCUUAUAAAAAAUAUUGCCAUAACAGUGAGAGUAGCAAAGAAAGCACCAUAGUCAAUCUACUGGAACAUGACCAGCUGUUGUCGGAUGUAUUGCUAAGGUUUUACGGUUGUAAUAUAAUUCGAAUCAAAACAGAUGGUGCCGGCAAGCAUUUAGAGUACAAAGAAAUGAUUUCAAACAAAAGUGUGCUGAAGUCUUAUGAAACACAUGUAAAUUUGUUAGCUGCUAUGUUCACUUUAGAGACAGACAAUAACUUCUAUGUGAUUUAUAGAGGAAGUUAUGACAAUACACUUUUGGACUGUUUGAAUUUCAGUCCAAACUUGUUAGAUAUGAAUUAUUGCCGUGGACUUUUUAUAAUAUAUCAGUUGUUGAAUUUAUCAAAGGCAAUGAGUGACAGAGGACUGAGCUUAGGGAUGCUAACAUUACAAGACAUUUAUAUGACUGAGAAUUUAUGGCUGCAAGUAUCGCCAGUGAUAACAAAUAAUGUUCACUGUUUAGAUGCCUCAUUGAUUUAUGAGCAAAGCCAGGGCAAACCUGUUGUGCCUAAUGUACAAAACUCUCAUAAAAGAGCUGAAGAGAGUUGUUGGCGCAAGGAAGCUGUUCAACUGGAAAAGUUAUGUAUGUUGUGGGUGAGAGGCCGGAUCUCAAACUUGGACUAUUUAUUGCACUUAAAUGUGCUGGCUGGCCGUAGUACCACUGAUCCUCAAGCACAUUUCAUGGUGCCAUGGGUGACAGAUUUUAGUUCUAGGUGUGGCAGAAACUGGCGUGACUUGACUAAAUCGAAAUACCGUUUGAACAAAGGCGACCGCCAGUUGGACAUGACGUAUGACGUGACGAGCGGCGCGGAUCAAAUACCACAUCACGUGUCCGAUGCGCUCUCCGAUAUCACCUGCUAUGUCUACUUGGCGCGACGGACGCCAAAAGAAGUUCUUUGCAAAUACGUACGCAAUAAAUGGGUACCCGCCGAGUAUCCAGCGUCCAUCCAACGCAUGCAAGAGUGGACCCCUGACGAAUGCAUACCUGAGUUCUACACUGACCCGACAGUCUUUAAAAGCAUACACGAAGACUUGCCGGAUUUGGGUGUCCCGUCGUGGGCGACGUGCGUAGAAGAUUUCAUCACUAAACACAGAGAGGCGCUGGAGAGUACACACGUGUCGGAGAAUUUGCAUCACUGGAUCGAUAUCACAUUUGGAUACAAGCUAUCAGGCCCGGCGUCCAUAAAGGCGAAGAACGUGUGCCUGUCACUAGUGGACGGGCACACGCGCGUGCGCGGCGGCGGCACGGUGCAGCUGCUGUGGGCGCCGCACCCGCCGCGCGCCGCGCGCGCCCCGCCGCCCGCGCCGCCGCGCCUGCACUGGACCGCACCUAGAGACGCCAAAAAAUCAAUAAGGAAUGACAGUUCAGAUGACAUGUCGGACGAUGAGGAGGAAUCGACCAGUCUGCCUCAACACGUGUCUCGAUUACAUGUACCACCAUUACGGACGCGGUCGCGGCACAAAAGCAGUAAUAGAGCCCGCUCUCUCUCUAAAGGACAAGCACUUGAAGACCAACCAGUCAUAGAAACCAGGGCGUCUUCACACUCAAGGCACUACAGGGUACAACGUUCUGAGCUCGGAAAGGGAGUUAUAUACUUACCAAAAGAAUUCAAUCCGGUUGCAUCAAUACAAGCGAUGGAAGCGCUUGAUAAUUUUAGAACCAAAUGCUUUUUCAGCAAAGCAGAGGAAAAAGAGAAACAUAAAGAAAACAUCACAACGCUCAAUCUAUUUCCAGUGCAACAAGAACCAAACGGUGACAAUCAUGUACCGAAAGCAAACUCCGAUGAUAACGCGUUUACUAAUCAUAUGUUUCUGGCGUCAUAUGAUCAGAAUUAUUUGAAGAAAUUCACUCAAGACGCGCAUUUGGAGGGCGUGAUGAAAGAGAGAAAGCAUAGAUCGUUCAACACAAAGUAUAUUACUGAUGCAGCUGUUUACAAACAGUUUGUGACGGAGAGCCGGCGACAAGACAUGCUGGUCAUAGGUUGUUUGAUAGUGGAAAUAUUCUUGCAUACCUAUAUGCGUCCGUUGAGGACUUCAAGCGAUAACUUCCUCGAGCGAUAUAACUGUUGCCGAACAGUAUUAAAGUACAACUUUAACCAUUUGCCUAAAUGCGUGAGCUACAUUACUUCGCUGCUUUUGAAUGUUCAGCCAUCAAGUUUGAGUUGCAAGCAAGAGUUAACGCCGAAAAGAGAAGAGCCUUUGAAGAAAAUUAUAGUGACUGAUAAAGGUUUGCCGACACCGACGCCGUCGCAACUUUUGCAACCUCUGUUGAUGCAGCAUUUGAUACCGUUCCCACAGACAUUUAUGACUUUAUACAAAUUGUUAAGCACACUUCACGAAUAUGAACUAACUAGCAAUGAAUUGAACGUACUUUAUAUGUACGAGUGCGAUGGAGUUCAGUGCGAAAAGUAUCAAAAUGUCGACAAAACAAAGCUCUACUUUACCCAAAGAAUAGCUGAAGGCAAAAUUCACGCAUGCGCCAUGCACUUAGAAGUCCUUUUGAAUCAAAUUACGUGUUACAACCAGUUCGACGUACUUGAUAUUUUUCUGGCACAUUAUAUAGAACUUUUGCAAAAUAAAGAUACAUCGAUACUGGCCGUUUGGUAUCUCUUCGAUACAGUUAGUAAAGCUUUAGGCCCUGUUCAGACAAAGAAGAAAUUGCUCAAACACGUAUUGAACCUCUACGAAGAUGAUGACUACGUUGUGGAGAGACUAGAAAGACAUAAAUUAACAGACGUCGACAACAUCAGUGCUGCAGGCGUGGUUUCAAGUAAACAGAAGUUUGUGAAGUUGUACCACAAUAUAUUUUUGCUACAACUAAUGGUGCGACUAGGUCUGCAGUGUUUUCUAGAUAAUUUCACGCAACAUUUAGUGGAAGCUGUGGGUGGGUAUAAAGAUAUCAGCAUCGAGAACGGUUCUCCAGGGCAUUUGUGUCAUAACCGUACCACGUCUAACAAGAAACCGAGAUACUCCGACGACAACGUUAAAAAUGCUUUAUCAACGAACACCGAUAUUUUCUCGCCAGACACUUCGUACGGUUCUGAAAAUGUGUUGACACCAAACAUAGAGAAGACUGUGGAAGUGAAUGACGUUAAAGAGAAGGAAAUCGAUAACCGCAGUGAAAAUGAGUUGUUCCAUUUCGAAAGCGAUAAAGACAGACCUUGCAGGAGUAGUAGGAGCAAAUCCCCAGCGGAAUCUGUCGACUCAGGAACGUCAAAUGUACACGAAACUAGAACACCAUCACCCGUCCGAGAUAACUUCUCUCCAGUAAACUCGAAACAUUUUGCCAACAACUCGAAAGACGUUCAUGUUAAAGAGAAUGACACGUCCCCAACGAAGCCUACUUCACCCACAAUAGACAUACCGACAAAAUCGAUGUUCACAAGUUACUUGCAUUUUGCUGAAAAUGAUGACAGCGUAUCCGAAAUGGAGAUGCGUAAAGAAUCUCAUGCCCGUACGGUCAAAAGUUUGGAGUUCAAUAAAAAUGACACGAACACCAAGAGGUAUAAUUAUUGCGAGCAAAACAUACAUAAUGAAGAUUUAGGGUCAUACAAAAUAUCGGAUAUGAGUUCUCAGAGCCUCAUUUGGCUUGCUCAUAGAUUAGGACCCGUGCUCACUUGUAGAUAUAUUACUAGAAAUUUGCUCAAAAUGCUCACUUUAUGCUAUAUCGGUAAGGAUAAUUUGGCUCCUUGGGACGGCGACGACAAGGACGAGUUCGAUGAGAUAUCCAUUGUUAACAGUAGAGUUGUGGGCGAUAAGAACGCUAUGAAAGUUAUUGAGUGCCUCACUUCUAUUGUUGCGAUGUACGGCGAGCAGCUGAUAAUAUUCCAAUACCUACCUCACAUGGGCGAGCUGAUCGCGUCGUGCCGGCGAAGGUUGUCGGCGCCGCUAGAGGGCGGAGUCGUCGCCUGUCUACAGCUCGUCAAAUACCUCGUGCCUUUCAUGUCCGAUGUCAAGAUCAUGGAGCAGUUGCAGGACACGUUCCUGAAGAUCGUGGUAUCGCCGACGCUGCGGCUGGCGGCGACGAGCCGGUGCGCGUACCCGAGCGGCGCGGCGGCGCGGCGGGCCGUGGCGCGCAAGCUGGUGGCGGCACUGCAUGCGCUGGCGCUGCGCGUGGGGCCCGAGAUGACGCGCCGCCAUCUCGCCGUGCCCGCGCUGCAGAGAUUUUUCUUAGCAUUUGACAAGGCAAAUGGGAAGACAGAAAACUGGCCGAAACAGGACGAUGGUGUUCCUGAAAAGCCGUUAGAACAAGAGCCAUCUGAAGUGAAGAUGGAGGGUUUCCUAGAGAUCUGUCGCGACGGCACGACGGCGGAGUGGACGGUGCAGGACGGACGCGUGGUCCGCGCCGACCUGCCCGACCUCGCCUGCACGCCGCCUGAUGUCUCCGAACAACCGCCGGACUCUACCAGGCUCACAGCUCAAGAAGAACUGCUGAUGGUUUUCGACGAGGAACUCGCUUAUCAUACGUACACGAACUUUACAAGAUUUAUCGGGACAGAGAUGAUGGAACGAUGUCUCAAAAACGGCGACACGAUACGAUCUCUGUGUCGGAAAUAUGAACAGAAUCAUUCCGUUAGCUCUCCGCUCAGAAUAAAUAGAAACGACAAGCGUUUUCAAUCGUCAUAUAGUGAUGAGCCGAUCAGUCGGAAAGACGUAACGCCUACGAAACAUGACGUCAUUAUGGACCACAUCUCUAGUUCGAAUAGUUUUGGUUCUAACGUUACUCUAGUUGGGAACAGGAUAGAUGUCGCUAGCGAUGUUUGUGAGGACACGCUGCGGCAUGGAGAAGGGUUUGAUGUUGUCGCGUAUAAAAUGGAUAAUGGGAUAAAGAGCGACAGGCAUUUACGCGGCGACUGGCUCAUAUACUGGGAGCACGAGAUAGGCCGACCCGAUAAGGAGACUCGGUUCAACCUCAAACAAAUCAAGCUACAAACGUUCGUCGGUCACACGCACUCGGUCAAGUCGAUAUACUGUCUCGAUAACGAGAACAGCUUCAUGAGCGGCUCCAAAGAUAAGACAGUCAAGCUGUGGUCUUUGAGGAAUCAGGGUGAUGGUAACGCGACUACGCAAUGCAAUUGGACGUACACAGGCCAUAAGAAAGGAGUGCUGUCUCUUGCUUUCUUGGAGUCGUUGCGUCUCGCCGUCUCAACCGACUCUGUGGUUCACAUAUGGGAUCCGUUCAUGGAAAGCGUUGUUUCGCAGUUGGACAACAUAAAAACUCCCGUGAGCAUAGUGCGUACGUUGCCGGGCGGGUCGGCCGCACUCAUCGCGGCUACCACCGACGCCACGCUGCGCAUCAUCGACGCACGCGCAACUAACUUCACGCACGAGUUGAAGUUGCCGCUGAGCGCGACGACGUUCAUCCGCUGCCUGUGCGUGUGCGGCUGGUGGGCGGCGUGCGGGCUCGCCAGCGGACACGUCGCCGUGCUCGACACGCGCACCGGACUCAUACUCGCGCACUGGAAGGCGCACGACGGAGAGGUAUUACGCUUGGCGGCAGUAGAUGAGCACAGAUUACUAAGUUCUGGUUUGGACCAAGUCACAGCUUUAUGGAGACCUGACGACGGUGAAUUAAUAGCACAUCUCAAAGGCAGCACGGAGCCCGUCCAUUGCCUCUCCGUGUACUACAACGAGCUUAUAUCCGGUACAACAAACAAUCGGAUCGGCGUCCACACGUCGCUCGACCAAGACGCGUCCUUCUCUAGCACCAAGCUACGUUCCGACACGUUUAAGGGCGUGUUGACGUGCAUGUCAGUGUUGCCACUUAACAGGCUGCUGCUAUUGGGCAGCGACAACGGAACUAUUAGUCUGCUUUGUUGAUUUAUUGCCAGGUGUAAAUACUCCUUGGAAACUAUAAUUUAUUCAACUCAUAUCUAGCAAGACCAAUCGGAUGGGUGUCCAGACGUACGACCGAGCUGCGUCAAUUCCGAACAUCAAGUUACGUUUAGAUAUGUUCAAAACCGCGAUGAAUUGCAUGUUAGUUUUGUCACUAAACAGGUUGCUGUUAUUGGGCUUCAAUAACGGAACUACUAGUCUGCUUUGUUGAAUAUUGCCAGAUGGAAAUAUUCAGUUUUGUGUUGCUCAGAAAAACUUAUAAUUUAUUUAGGAAACGAAUGAAACGAAAUGUAUUAAACAUGUAAUAAAUCAUUUAUACUUCUCCAUCUUAUGUGGUGUAACAUACAAAUUUGAACAAAUGAUUUAUUUGAACAGAAUGUAUACCUUAUUAUUUUUCGAUGAGUGGAUACAGAACCCUUGUAAAAAAAAGUACAGGUUGUAAAAUAGAAAAGUACAGGUAUCAAUAUUUUUGGCCGCUUUUGACGUUAUCUGAUCCGCCCAUAAAUAACUGCUGUGUGGAGCAUACACCCGUAGAGAUAAGGUAAGAUAGGUUUAUUGCUCAUUUUGUAUUACUAAUGCUGUAAUAUCGGAGUAAAAGCUUAUGUUCUGUCUACAUGUCUAAAAUCGAUCAAGGGCAGUGACGUCAUACAUAAUCUAGCACAAUCACUUGCUAAUCUAGCGACGCAAUUUCAAGCCAAUUAUAGUGUCAGCAUUUAUUAUCAACAUUGUCGCCUUUUCACAGCAUUCAGGGCACCUUAUUAAUUCGAUUUUUAAAUUAUAAAUAAUUUAUAUUUUUUUAUGGUCACUGGCAGUUUACAAUAUAUUAUACGAAUUGUAUUGCGGUUAAUAUCUGAUCUAAAAAUAAUAUAUAAGGUGCAAUGAUUCGCAAUGUUGUGUAAUUAAGCAAAUCACAAUUUAUUUUCAUCACUAUUGAAAGGAAUUAAGUUUGGUUUUGCCUUAUAGUAUGUAUAUGCAGUUUCGAAAAUAUAUUGUAACCAAUGUACUUGCUUAGACGCGUACUGCCAAGUAUAACGUAAAGGGAGAGGAAAUGUCAUGUUAUCCAAACCUUGUUAUUUUCUUUAAGGCAAGUACUUCUAUUACAGCCUACAGGAUGAGACAACUUUACUGAAUUACCAUGCAAGUUUUAUACAAAUAUUUUUUAAUAUAAGUAAUCAACUGUACUAAAGUAAUGUAAGAUUAUUUCUUUUUUGCAAUUAAGGAACUUUUAAGCAAGAGCGUGACUAAACAAUGAAUAGUGCAAACACUGAUUAAUAGUAUUGGUAAAAGUAAAAGCAAAAGUUUGAAAAUAAUAAAAACUACUCGAUUAUUAUAGUGGAAUUUCUUUUCGAUUUGUUAAUUUCGAAUAAGUUAUAUAGUAAAAUUAUUUAAACAGAUCUCAUUUGUGGUGUAAUAUGUAUGUUCUAAUUAGUGUAGUAUAACUUGUUUGAAUAUUAGUUUUAUCGAAUUAUUUUAGCGAAGAGAACAAUUGAAAUAACUAAACUCCUUGCACACAAGAUAAAGGUCUUUUUACUGCAUAUUGAAAGAAUGGAGAUACAAAUAUGACCUACUACACAUUUUUAGGUCACGUGAAGGAAAACUAUAUAGUUUUGAUUUCAAUAUAGCUUUUACUGUUGGGCUAGUCUGCUGGAAAAACUAACUAUGAGCGAAUAUAUUUCGAUUUCAUUCCCAACGGAAUUCGUUUGAUCACAAUGUAUGUUCUAUACUUAUUUAUUAAGAAAAUACGUGAUUAUUAUUUACUAUUAUAUGUAAUGCCUCUGCUAUAUUAAAGUGAUUCCAGCGAGAAAUGUAUAUCACAUUAUUUUAAGAUUAACAAAUAAAUUUUGCACUCAGACUAAAAUAGAAGUCGAUAACAUGAUCGCCCUUAAGUGCAUAGUAUUUAUAUUGUAUAUAAAAAUAGGCGUAAUAUAAGAAAAUAUAGCGAGUAUGCUAUUAUAGAGCACGUCGUAUGCUAGUAUUACUAUAAACUAUUCCGUUACAUUCCCUCGUACAUAAGUUUUAUAUACCAACGCGCAUAUAAACUCGUAUCUUACUAUAUACGUGUCAUUACAUGUGCAUACGAACUGAUAGGCACUUAUAAGUUAUAUGCACGAACCGGGAACAAAACAUCGAUUAUUCUGAUUAUUCUGCUUGGGUCUAGGAGACUACACGCGCGUAAAAAAAAACCUUUAAAUAAAGGUUUUUUUUUUCAUUAAAAAAUACGUGUCAUUACAUGUGCAUACGAACUGAUAGGCACUUAUAAGUUAUAUGCACGAACCGGGAACAAAACAUCGAUUAUUCUGAUUAUUCUGCUUGGGUCUAGGAGACUACACGCGCGUAAAAAAACCUUUAAAUAAAGGUUUUUUUUUUCAUUAAAAAAUACGUGUCAUUACAUGUGCAUACGAACUGAUAGGCACUUAUAAGUUAUAUGCACGAACCGGGAACAAAACAUCGAUUAUUCUGAUUAUUCUGCUUGGGUCUAGGAGACUACACGCGCGUAAAAAAAAACCUUUAAAUAAAGGUUUUUUUUUUCAUUAAAAAAUACGUGUCAUUACAGUUGCCAUACGAACUGAUAGGCACUUAUAAGUUAUAUGCACGAACCGGGAACAAAACAUCGAUUAUUCGUAAAAACGCAAACGCGUAUAUAUCAAAAUACGAGUUUACACGCGCAACAUACAUCCAAUUAUAAUCGCCGUGAAGAGAGUAUUUUAAUAUGCAUUUUCAUAAUAACUAGUUAUAAGCCACAAGUAUAUAGACCGCGUGAGUAAUCACAAUGAAUAAGUAGUUUGUAUAAAAAUAUUAUAUUUCUGUAUAUUUGUACCGAACAGAGAACCAUAGUUUGUCCGUUUGUGACUUAAUUGUAAAGUGUAAAGUACAAAAUACAAUCGUGUUACCAAAGAUGUCUUAUCAUUGUAUCAUUCAAGAUUACGUUGUACUAUAGUGAGGAUCUCGAGGUACAGUUUUUCCCAAUUUGGAAGUUAUUGAUAUUGUUUUUUUUUAAAUUAGGUAUUUCAGACUUUCUACCCAAAUUUUAGAUACUCUGAUUGAUUCAAUGAAGUCAUGAAUUUGAUGAUGAAUUUUAUAUAUUUUGUUUUUGUAAUGAGUUCUGCUGUCUUAGGCACAUACAUAUAAAACGGAAUUAAAAUAAUAUAAUCAUAUUUUUAAAUGACAUGAAAUCUUUUGCUGGUGCAUAAAAUGGUUAAUUUCAUAUCAAGUUGUUUUAAGUGUUUUUUUUUAAAUGAAUUAUUAUUUAAAUAUUAGAUUCUGCAAAAAUAUAAAUCAUUUUUACUAAAAUAUUCGUAUGCACUAAACAAACCAUUGCAUCACAUUGUCUACACUGAUUAUAAUUAUAUUUAUACGAAUCAUAAUUUUAUUAGUAAAAAGUUUUUAUUAAAAUGAAAGUUCAACUCAAAUGUAAGGAAAAGUGAAAUGAUGCCUACCAUGCAAUUAUUAAAAAAGAUGAAAUCGGGUUUUUAUGGUUACCGUUGAAAAAGUCUUAUUUAAAAACAUAACCCUUAAGGUAGCUAAUAAAUUUGACGCGGAAAGAACAGGGAACGAAAAUAAUUUCAAUACAAAUUGCCUAAUCAAAGCCGCAAAAUGGUGAAACAAGUCACGUAGCUUUCCAAUAAUGAAGAAUAUGUUUGCAAACUGUUUAAAAAAAUUAUCAUAUUUUUUUAUCAAAGUUAAAAUGCCGCGACAAAUAGCCUAAACGUGAAGGUAUUAAAUCUAAGUUGUUUUACACAAUCAUUUUUGAUCUCAGUUAUGAAGUAUUUCUGUGAACUAGUAAAAACUAGUUCGAAUUAACUGUCCUUAUAAUGCACAAUUCUUAAUAUUUGUACAACGAUAAAAUAUAGUUUUAUAUUCUGCAGUAGUCAAGUGCAUGAGAAAAUUCUGUGCCAAGAAAUCCAUUAAUUGUAAGUAAUUAAACACAGAAAUCACACCAAUUUGUAGCGUUUACUGAAUAGAUUUUUUUAAUAAAAGUAUUUAAGUAUG